AUGAUGAUGCAGCAAACACUUCUCCUACUGGGGUUAUUGACAGCUACAGAGGGUUUUGGUAGCAGUUUAUCAGUUUCAACAAGAAUAGGAUCAAGGCUUACACAAACUAGUCAACAUGCCAAGGCGCCACCAGAGUUUUCAGUCGUUGGCGAAGACGACGACUACAAGCCUAGCCCGCCUCCCGAGUUUACCAUUGAAGAUGACGAUGAUUACGUUCCUUCACCGUCUGCAGUGAAGAAAAGAUCUUAUAAUCCUCCACCAGAGUUUACAGUUGAAGAUGAUGCUGAUGAUUACGUUCCUUCGCCGUCUCCAGUGAAACGUUCUCGCAGUCCUCCUUCAAAAUUUUCAGUCGAUGAUGCCGCUGCCUCAUACUCAGAGAGUACAGCACCAAGACAAAGCGUUCGCCGACCCAAACGAAAAGUUAUUCCCAGCAUGAAGGGAACGAGUUGGAUGCAAAAGAAUGCGCAAUUUUCGAAUGAUCCCGUGCCAGAAAAGAUCGAAGAGCAACCACCACGGUUCAACAGUCGUGAUUCUCCUCGUGCCGGAAGAGGGCCGCCGUCCAGAGAUGGAAGAGGACCGUUCAACUCUCGCGACUCCCCUCGUUCCGGAAGAGGACCACCCCCCAGAGAUGGAAGUAACUUUCGCCAAAAUUUCCGAGCCACUCGUGUCUUUGUGCAGGGAAUCCCACCAGGAACCUCUUGGCAAGACUUGAAGGAUCACUUCAAAAAGGCAGGAGAUGUGGUAUUUGCUUCUGUAAGUGUCGACAUGGAAACAGGGGAAUCCCGAGGGCAUGGAAUUGUACAAUUUGAAGAGCCCGAAAUGGCUGAACAGGCCAUUAAAAUCAUGCGGGACCAUCCAUUGAAUGGAUCGGAACUUUACGUGAGAGAAGAUGUUCAAGAAAACAAGAAUGGAGCAGAAAUGAAACCAAAGGGACCCACACCACCCACCAAAUGGAAAUGCGCCAACGAGGACAACGCUGCCUAUUUGGACGAAGGGGAAAUUAUGGCCAUUCGCAACUUGAUCAAGGCGAGAGACGAUGCCCGAAGACGUCGCAAGUAUGAUGUUUCAGACACUAUACGAGAUCAACUAAAAGAAACACACGGGGUCUUUAUCGAUGACCGACUGCAAAUGUGGUGGACGUCCGUUGAUGGAAGCAAGGUUCCUAAAUCGAUUCACGAGAUCAAGGGAGACGGCCGUUGGAAACUCAAACCUUGGCGUCAAAUCCCCACUACACCAGAGAAUGACGCUUGCGUCAGUGCCGAUCUUGUUUCAGGACUUUUAGACCAACGUGAUAUUGCCCGUCGUGAAAAGGACUUUCGUACGGCCGAUGCCUUGUUGGAGGAGGCCCGUACCUGCCCAGAUGGCGAUUUGAAUCUUCGCAUUCACGAUGAGAGCCGUACUUGGAGAGUCUGGACUGAAGCACCUCCUAUGUUCCCCGUGCAACAUCGUGAAGAGCGAGAUCCCCAGGAGACGCGCAUGUCGGCGGCCGAGCAGUGCAUGAGCAUUGUCGAAGAACAUGCCCCGCACAAAAUUGAUGAAAUCAAGAAUGUCUUGGAAAAGUUCAAAGGAAGAGAAUUUCAAGUCCUCAAGCGUCUGAAAAAUCAAUAUGAAACAUAA